GAGUUUUGCUAGAACUGGAGAAGCAGAAAAUACCUGGGCCUUUUCCCUGUGUUUUGAACAUGUAAACAACACAGCUCACUGCAGAGGAACAAGCAGCCUUGUUUUAAUUAGGUACACUCACACUAGACAUUUUCAGAGGUGAAUCUUUAUCUCCUGCAGCUUUAGUUUGUCUUUGAUGGUACAUUAAACCAUUUCAUCACCUUGAAUGCCUGUAGUAUACAAAAUGUAUAUACAAACACAAAAUCCCAGAGGUUAGUUUUUGAUUUUGCACAGAGUGAGGAACCCAUGCUAUAACAGGGAAGCACACUACCCAAAAAAUAGAGUCUGCUCCUCAAACCACUCUAAAUAGCUAGUCCUGCUAUUUACAUUUAAUUCUAAUGCUCCCUACCUCCAUGUUGACACUGUAUUACACAAGAAAGUGAAGCUAGAGAGAAUUAUCAGCAUGAGGGUUUACUCUCCUAGAAUUUAGGGCUGUGGGAUCACAUCUAGGCUUAGACCUCACUGCAUCCAGAGCUCUCCUCUUUGUGAAGGGUGGUGGUGGUGGUAUGGAAGGAUCACAUUCUUUUGCAGCAAAGGAGGCACUCAAGAGGGAGGGGGAGCAAAAUGACUGAGGUAGUGCUCUGCACUGUAUAAAUACAGGCAAAUCUCCACCACAGUCUUCUGCGUGUUAGAGAGGUGGAACCAAGGACUGAGGCAGAUUUUUGUGGAGCAGGAGGUGAACCAGCCUGCCUAAGCUCAAGAGACAGCCAGUUUGACACCGAGGAGCAACCCAGAGCAAUGUCCCUGGCUGGGGUAAGCUGUCUGGUGACAGGAGCAGGAGGAUUUCUUGGCCAGAGGAUUGUCCGCUUGCUUUUGGAAGAAGAGGAGGCUCUGGCUGAGAUCAGACUGCUGGACAAAGCCUUCAGUGAGGAAGCACUCGGCAGAUUUGAAAAGUUCAAGGGUAAGACUGAGGUGAAAAUCCUGGAAGGGGACAUCCGAGAUGUGACAUUCCUGCACCGUGCCUGUCAGGGGGUCUCCCUUGUCAUCCACACAGCUUCCCUCAUUGACACCCUGGGCCUCAUAGAGAAGAAGUUGCUCUGGGAAGUCAAUGUAACAGGUACUCAGCUACUGCUGGAAGCAUGUGUCCGCUGUAACGUCCAGCACUUCAUAUACACCAGUACCAUAGAAGUGACAGGCCCAAACUGCAGAGGUGACCCAAUUUUCAAUGGUGACGAAGAUACAGCUUAUGAGAGCAUCUCGAAAUUUCCUUACGCCCAAAGUAAGAGACUGGCAGAGGAUUCUGUGCUGAAAGCAGAUGGCCAGGUGCUAAAGGAUGGCGGCACACUGAUGACUUGUGCCCUGAGAUCCAUGUACAUUUUUGGAGAAGGAUGUCCGUUUCUUCAAGGUCAUCUGGACAAGUGCCUGUUGAACCAAAAUGUCUACCUGCGCUUCUCCAGGAAGGAGGCUUUGGUGAACCCUGUGUACGUGGGGAAUAUCGCCUGGGCACAUGUGCAGGCGGCCAAAGCCCUGAGAGUCCCGCAGAAAGCCAAGCAUGUCAGGGGGAAGUUCUACUACAUCUCAGAUGACACUCCUCACAUGAGCUACGCAGAUCUAAAUUACGAGCUGACCAAGGACCUGGGGUUUGGAAUCGAGCCCAAGCUCCCCAUGCCUCUGACAAUGUUGUAUUACUUCUCACUGCUGCUGGAGAUCGUGAGCUUCUUGCUCCGGCCCUUUGUCAGAUACAUCCCCUCCACCAACCGUCACCUGGUCACCCUCCUGAAUACUCCAUUCACCUUUUCUUAUAGAAAAGCACAAAAGGAUUUUGGCUAUGUGCCCCGCUACACAUGGGAAGAAGCCAAGCAGUGUACUGGUGAGUGGAUUGCCUCUGUGAUCCCGCAGCGAAGGCUGUACUUGCAAAGCAAUGCUGCCUAAGCCUAAAGAGAAGCUGAAACCCAGCUAAACAAGUAGGGCCUUGAGCUAGAGGAGAGCUGUGGAAGCAGCAGCAGCAGCAGAUGACUACAAAGCAUUUAAAAGAAUACUUUGUGUAACAGCCCACUGCCCUACCCCCACCCCCAACCUCAGAAUAAAUAAAAGUGAAAUGUUCGUUUGCUUAUGAAAUACAGGCUGAUGAGAGUAACUUUACUGUAUAGUCCACACACACUUCUACAUCCUUGCAGCACAAAGAUUUACUUUGAUAAGAUUCCACAAAAUCCACGGUAUGAACACAUGAACCCUUCUUUCACUCCAAGCCACCUUUUCCACCAAAGCACAACUUUUCCUAGAACUAUGAUUUCUCUUUACAAAUAUGUGCCACUCAGCUACACCCUAUUCACUCAGUGUCGCUUACCAACCUUACCAAACAUGCAGCAGGCAGAAGCCACCUGAUUGCAAAAUCUGUUACAAAUUUUUAAGAGCGUUGUGCCAUUCACCUGGCAGUCAAACUUUGAGCCCUGUAUGCAUUGUGAGGCCAAAAGUGCAAUACAGUUUCAGUAAGGACAGUGUGUGGAGGGAGAGAAGGGGGAGAUUUGGUCAGGUUAAUACUUCCUUGUAAAUUCUCUUUUUCCUAGUUACAAAUUUUGCAAUAAAUCUGACGGGUGUCCAGCAAACAGCUUCAAGAGAAUGAAAGGGAGAAAAAUACUACAGGACAGCCUUGGUCCUUUGCAGAGUCAAAGUAUUUGUGAACACUGAGAAAAAGCAAACAGUGCUGAAAAAAAUCAUGCAAUUACCAGGUUUCAGCUGGGAACAAAGGCUAACCUUAGGAGAUAGGUGCACAUGUGCUGUUCCCAUUCUACUCUGAUGGCCAUAUGAAUUUCUGCAGAAUGUGUAACUUGACUUUCAGGCCAAAAAUGCAGAUCUUGUCUGAACAAGCAGAUGUCAUCCAGUGUUUGUUUCUUCAGCGUAUGUCUCACUUGUUGAAAACAACUCUAAGAGAUGGGAAUUUCUCUGUUCUGUUCAGGAUGGUGUGAACAGAAACUUUUUACCUGACUGAGUACUAAUGUAAAUAAAUCACAAUUCCAGAGAUGCUGACAGCUUA